CCAUUGGCCAGUCCUUGUCCGGGUCUGCGAUUUGCCUUCCACGGUGAAGAGCUUCUGAUAAGCGCAGGCCUGGCUCACCUUGGCGUCUCUUCGCGCUCCAGUCCCGAGAUCCGGACAGCAGAUCCGUGACCCGAUUCCGGAAAGCCGGGUCUGAUCCGGAUCCCUCGGGCCUCGUGGCUGCCAGUGUGACCCUGGGCAAGUUCCGCCAGCUGGGCCUCAAAUUUCCUUGUGUGGACCAGAGGUUCCCGGGUGGGAUGAUCAGUGCGGUUCUCCCAUCCUGAGCCUUUGUGACUUUAUGGCCACACGUCCCUGAUCCCUACAGGUCUUGGCCAUGAACGCCCCUGGUGGAAGGAGGCAGGAAGGUAGACGGUCCCAUAGACCCCGGGAACAGGACAGAGAUGUGCAGCUGUCUAAGGCCCUGUCCUAUGUCCUACGCCAUGGAGCUCUGAAGCUGGGACUUCCCAUGCGAGCUGAUGGCUUUGUACCCCUGCAAGCUCUCCUGCAGCUGCCCCAGUUCCACAGCUUCUCCGUUGAGGAUGUGCAGCACGUGGUGGAUAACAAUGGAAAGCAGCGGUUUGCCCUGCAGCCAGGCGAGCCCAGCACUGGUCCUCUCAUCAGGGCCAAUCAGGGCCACUCCCUACAAGUACCUGAUUUGGAGCUGAUGCCCCUGGAGACACCACAGGCCCUGCCUUUGAUGCUAGUCCAUGGUACAUUCUGGAAGCAUUGGCCGUCUAUUCUACUGAAGGGCUUGUCACGCCAAGGAAGGGCACACAUCCACUUGGCCUCAGGAUUGCCUGGAGACCCUGGUGUCAUCAGUGGCAUCCGUCCAAAUUGUGACGUGGUGGUGUUCAUCGAUGGGCCCCAAGCUCUGGCAGAUGGAAUCCCCUUCUUCUGCUCUGCCAACGGGGUGAUCCUGACUCCAGGGAAUGCCGAAGGCUUCCUGCUUCCCAAGUACUUCAAGGAGGCCCUGCAGCUACGACCUACCCGAAAGCCUCUCUCCUUGGCUGGUGAUAAAGAAGCGGAGUAUCAGAGUGGCCCCAGGCACAGCUCCAGAGGAGGAAGAAGAAAGAUCCAACAAUAAAAUAUGUAUUUAUUAAAAAAAAACAAAACAAAACAAAAACCAACAACUCUGAAAACUGUCACAGGAAGAAAGUCCAGUUUGAAAGCAGGAUUCUUUGUUCCUCAUCCACAUCUGGCAUUCCUCGUGUGCUUAGGGACUACAUAUAGGCCAGGGAUGUGAGCUGCCAGGAGGGCAAGAGGAGGACUGUGUGUGUGUGGCAGUGUCUACCCCAGCCAGGGCCCUGGCCUGCCUGUGACAGCAGGUAAAGGUCCCAGCAUGGUGCAUGCUGGGAGUGGUGGAACAGAGAGUUCAGGUAGACGUGGGCUUGCGAGGUCCCUGGAGGUGGUGAGUGGAGCAAGAGCAGCCUGGCUGCCCUCAGAAGGCUUCGUGGCCACCUGUAAGCUGCAGGAACAGAUCCUCGUCGAGCUCCUCCCCACGAGCCCGCUCCCGAGUGGACAGGAAAAUGUAGCCCCCGAUGUACUCAUGUACGAUGCGGCAGCUGGCAGACACACAGCUGAAGGCCACAUUGAUGUGCUCAUCAAAUUCAAUGGCCACCUGCGGGCGGGUGGUCACAGGUCCAGUGGGCUCAGGCAAUAAACAGGAGCUUCUGCCUUG